AUGAAGACUGUAUGCGUUCAAUGCCGAAUACGCAAGGUUCGAUGCAAUGGAGAGCAACCGACAUGUAAUAGCUGCAGUCGACUCAAUUACACCUGUUCCCUCGGACAGUCUCAGCGCUCUCUCGAAAUCCCCCGGAAGCGGCGAGGCGCUCGUGCAUGCAUGAUAUGCCGCGCACAAAAGGUUCGUUGUAUGGGAGAGAUGCCGGCUUGCACCAACUGUCGGCAAAAGAAUAGGCAAUGCACGUAUCCACCAAGGCGUGAGAAAGGUGGCCCAGCAACCGACAGCAUUGUCACAGAUCUCAAUGAUGCCCCUGUUAGCCUAGAUGAACUAGGUCCGCAACCCGAUACCUCUCUCACCAUCAAUAACCCUUCUUCGAAUGAACAACAGUCCCCUUCAGAAGAGACAGUGGCAGUCCUUGUGACAGAUUACUUUGAACGACUAUUCCAUCUCCCCUCAUACGAAUUCCUUCACCGUGCUACCGUGAUCAAGCGAUGUCAAGAAAAGUCUCUUGACGAGUCUUUAAAGCUAUCCCUAUGUGCAAUAACCGCCUUGUACACUUUUGGUACGUCGCUUUCUAGUGAUGCAUGGGCCGACUCGGCGCAGCAAAUUGUCUGGCAGAAUCUUUCUCGACCCUCCGUCUUCCAUCUUCAGAGCCUUUUGCUUAUUGUUCGAUAUCGUGCCGGAGCCGGGGAUUUUUCCAGUGCAUUCCUGCUGGCUGGAUUAGCUGCAAGAUUGGCAAUGGGAUUGCGUCUCAAUUAUGAGCGCUCGGAUCUUAGUCCCAUUGCUCAAGAAGUUCGACGCCGUACAUUUUGGUCUCUUUAUUUGUUGAAUGACAUAUUCAGCGUCGGCAUAAAGGAUUUCGAAUUAUGCCAGCCGGAAGUCAUCCACCUAAAGUUACCAUGUGAAGAUCAGGAUUUUGACAUUGGGAAGGCCGUGACCGGAGGUGGUUUGCAGCCAGAUGAAAAUUUAGAGAUUGGAAGUGUGAGCAUUCGAGGUCUUUAUCUCAGAGUGACAUUUAUUCGGCGAGAAAUAAUGAAAUUGAAUCGAAAAUUGUAUUUAGGAGAAUUCGCACCUCCCGACCUCAUGCGUUUGAUAAAAACUUUUGAAUAUCAACUUGAGAUUGUACAAGUGCAAUUUCGGUCUCUGGCGUCCUUUCAACCGCAAGGUGUGGAAAAUCAUUUGAUGCGCUCGGGCCCUAUUAUGCUUCAGAUGUCUAUCCACCAGUGCUACUGUGACCUUUAUCGAAAUUUUCUGACUGGAUACUCGGAGGCAGUACCAACCUCAGCUACAGAAGGCAUUGACUUGUCCCGUGUGGCGCAAAUGCGCAAAGGAUGUCUCGACCACGCCCAAAACAUCAUCCAGCUGCUUAUAGGCUGUGGAAAUACACCUGCAUGUGAUCCUCCAAGAUUACUAGACUUUGAUGCUGCUGUAUGCUUGUAUCAUAGUUUGCGACUCCAGCUGUUUGCGGCUUGUGCGACAGGAACUGGGAGUACUCCACGCGUUGAAAUGAACCUGGCCGUAUCCAAUACUAAGGACUGCCUUGAAAUUAUGACCCGGCUUUUCGGCUUCCUCAAGUCUGUAACACCAAUGCUCAAGGAUCUAGAAAGACUUCUGCGCCGUUAUACGACAGAAGGGUCGAGUGCAGCCGCCGAGAGAGAAGAACCAUCGCAUUCCAACCACGUCGCUCGAGAUGCAUCUAUACGCCAGAGAUUCUCAAUCCAUAGCCUCUUACUACAAGCCGACUUUGUUGAUGACAGCUCUAAAGCAAGUGGAUCUUCAACCGAACCAUGUCCUGUCAAGCAUUCUUUCCAGCGUAACGAAACCGAGCAGCAAGUUGAUAGCCUGGGUCAAUAUGCCUCCUUUCCGGAUGUAAAUGACACACAAGUCUUGCAACCUUUUCAUAACGAUCCAGAAGUGAUUCGGGAAAACCAUAGCUUCAUCUUUAAUGCGUCCUGCGCCGGGUUCUUUGGAGGCGAUGAGCUUGGUGCUUACCUUGGAUACCAACCAGAUGACUUUUCAAUACAGGAGUUGGAUAUUUGGUAA